AUGCAGAAUGAACUGCACCAACUAGAAAUGCAAAAGAGCAAGCACGUGGAGAAGCAGUACCAUAUCCUCUACCGAAUCGACAGUAUCUGUUACUUCGAUCAUCCUGAGUGGACUCCAGGGCACAAAAACAUCGUCUCACGCAUCCCGGUAAAGAAUCUCGAUCUAUUCCUGGAGAGAAACAAGCGCAUCGUUUUCAUAGUGUACCGCGACUUCAACAUUCCGUCUGCUGAGAAGGAAAAUAAGAACACUCCCUUUCAAACAAGACACGAUACCCAGCCGAGACCCGCUAAGGAGAGUAUCUAUCCAGUCAGCAGACGGCUUCGCAAAGCUCUCGAAAUCAUGCUAAAGCAUGAUUGGCGAUAUGAAGCAAUGUCUAAUCAUCUGCGUCAAGCUGGAGAGGUUAGUGCACCGUAUCUAUUCGUCUAUCAUCAUAGGAGGUACUGGAACGACAUGUUAGCGCAGUUUCCCCAGGCUGUUCGCGAGCAUCUAAGCUUUCUUGCAACCUAUGUAUCGGAGAAUUACGGACAUGAGUAUAAGGCUGCCGACACUGCUUUGGCACAACGGAAAACAACAGCGGAACUGGUGAAGUAUCUGUUUCAGCCCGGCGACAUCCUGCUAUCACAGACCAGCGGACAGUAUCGAGGGCUUGUAGCAAAUUCUUGGCCUCAGGAAAUCCCAUCAGCGCCAGCCAUUGUGCCUUCACGCUUCCCACCGCCAAUGAUUUUAUAUCCCCACCUCAACUCACACCGUUGGCAAGACUCUGACUCAGAAUUUGACAAUUCGGACGUCGACAACGAAGGUAUGCAACCCAACUCUGGACCUGUUGGAAUGUCCGAAGAAGAUGCCUUCAGACGAGCCUUCGAUCGAAUGCAUCCCUGGUUCCUCUCAAAAGAAGAAGAACAGGCAAAGACUGUCGCUGCUGCGAAAACGAAUAAAGAAUUUCACAUCAAAGUCUGGAAAUGGAGUUUUGACGGUGACUUCAAGAGAGAAGCAGAUAAGGUCACCCUCCGGUUGUCCCAAGCAGCUGAAAGUACCUCUGGUGAAGCGAAAACUUACAAAAUACACGAGUUGGAUAUAUACCCUCUCAGAUUUGCUCCUCAGGUACUUGCGCAAGAUCUCCGCCGCCGAGGAGAAAUGUUUUGGGAAUGCCGCAAACGGUGCUUGAUAUCGUAUCGCGAGACGAGCCCAGAGGCACAGAACGAGUCUGAUGAGCGUUUCAUGAUCGACUUCCAUACGUUUAGGAAACUGCACCCGGAAAACAAGAGUCAUGCAAUCAACGACCCUGCCGAGACUAUGAGUCAAGCUGAAAUGGAGCAAGCUCAGCCCCCGGACGAAGCCUUUUACUACCUCGUUCCACUACAGACGAAGGGUUUCAAUCUGCGAACAAAGAAAUGGCUAGAUCUCAAUAUGGACCAAAUAUCUCCUGUAGAUUGGAAUCAGAAGGCUUUCGAUUCGCUAGUUCUCGACAGGAAGACGAAGGAGCUGAUUACGGCUCUUGUAAGCAAGCAAAUUUCGGCCGCGAAGUCAACCGAUGUUAUCGCUGGAAAGGGCAACGGACUGAUCUUAUUACUCCACGGAGGGCCGGGUACAGGCAAGACAUUAACGGCAGAGGGCGUGGCUGAAAUUGCCAAGAAGCCUCUAUACCGGGUGACCUGUGGUGAUGUUGGUACAAAAGCAGAAGAAGUCGAGGGAUAUCUCGAAUCAGUACUACACCUGGGGAAAAUAUGGGACUGCGUAGUGCUGCUUGACGAAGCGGAGGUGUUCCUUGAACGGAGAAGUCUAGACGACCUGCAACGCAACGCACUCGUAUCAGUCUUCCUACGGGUGAUUGAAUACCACGAGGGAAUCCUAAUCCUGACCAGCAACCGCGUGGGAACGUUCGAUGAAGCGUUCCGGUCCCGGAUUCAGAUUGCAGUCCAUUACCCUCCCCUGAGAGCUUUCCAACGACUGCAAAUCUGGAGAAACUUCUUCGACCGGCUUGAGUCGUUCAAGGAUGGCACAGUCGACACUGAUGAGCUUCGUGAUCACCUAGAAGAGCUACAAGAAGUCGAGAUCAAUGGACGCCAGAUACGUAAUGCAAUCACGACGGCUCGGCAAUACGCGGAAUGGAAGGGCAAGGUCAUGAAUUAUGAACAUCUCAAGACGGCACUGGAUGUUGCAAGUAAAUUUGACGAUUACUCGGAGAAGUUGCGAGGUGGCUUAACAGACGAUCAGAUUGCGGAGGAAGAGGGGAUUCGCUGA